AUGUCGUGCAAUCUGCACCAAAAAGUCUUCAUACAUACAAAUAUGCUGAAAAAAAAAAGUGAAAGAAAUCCGACCACACUUGUUAGUCAUAUUAACCUGACAAAGAUCAAAAUUAGAGCCUUAAGAUUUUUUAGAAAUAUAUCAAGAGUGUCGAGAAUGGCAGGUGCAAAAGAAACAAAUGUCCCCUUUUCAAGAGAAUCCUUGGAACAAUUGUUGAAAAGAAGAUUCUUUUACGCACCUUCAUUUGAAAUUUACGGAGGUGUUGCAGGAUUGUUCGAUUUCGGUCCACCAGGAUGUGCGUUCCAAAAUAAUAUCAUCGAUGCUUGGAGAAAGCACUUCAUUUUAGAGGAAGAUAUGUUGGAAGUGGAAGCAACCAUGUUGACUCCGUAUGAAGUUUUCAAGACCUCCGGUCAUGUGGAUAGAUUUUCCGAUUGGAUGUGUAAGGAUUUGAAAAGCGGUGAAAUUUUUAGAGCAGACCACUUAGUUGAAGAGGUAUUAGAGUCUAGAUUGAAAGGAGACAAAUUGGCAAGAGGUGAAAACAUCAAGGAUGAGGAGGACGACGAAAACAAAAAGAAGAGAAAGAAGAAGGUCAAGGAAAUUAAACACGUGAAAUUGGAUGAUAAAGUUGUCGAAGAAUAUGAGAAUGUUCUUGCUCAAAUUGAUGGGUACUCUGGUCCAGAGUUAGGGGAAUUGAUUACAAAGUUUGAAAUCACCAACCCUGGAACUGGAGGUAGAUUGGAACCUCCAGUAGAGUUUAACUUGAUGUUUGAUACUGCAAUUGGGCCAUCUGGGAAUUUGAAAGCGUAUUUGAGACCAGAGACUGCACAAGGUCAGUUUUUGAAUUUCAGCAAAUUGUUGGAAUUUAACAACGACAAGAUGCCUUUUGCAUCAGCUUCAAUUGGAAAAUCCUUCCGUAAUGAAAUUGCGCCAAGAGCUGGGUUGUUAAGAGUCCGUGAGUUUUUGAUGGCUGAGAUUGAGCACUUUGUUGAUCCAGAAGACAAAUCACACGCCAAGUUUGACACAGUAAAAGACUUGAAAUUGAAAUUUUUACCCAAGGGUGUUCAAGAAUCCGGUUCAAGUGAGCUCAUAGAAAAAACUAUCGGAGAAGCAGUCAGCUCUGGUAUGGUUGACAACGAAACUUUAGGUUACUUUAUUGCCAGAAUUUAUUUGUUUUUGACCAAGAUCGGUACAGACCCUUCUAGAUUGAGAUUUAGACAACACAUGUCAAACGAAAUGGCUCAUUAUGCCUCUGACUGUUGGGAUGCUGAGUUGGAAACCUCCUAUGGAUGGAUUGAGUGUGUCGGUUGUGCUGAUAGAUCAGCAUACGAUUUGUCUGUGCACUCAGCAAGAACAGGCGAAAAGCUUGUUGUGAGACAACCAUUGGCUGAACCUCGUGUUGUUGAAAAGUUUGAAAUCGAAAUUGCAAAGAAAAAGUUUGGACCAAAGUUCAGGAAAGAUGCAGGUGUCGUUGAAAAGUGGCUUGUAUCAAGAACCCAAUGUGAGUUGGAGGACUUGGGUGAAGAGUUAAAAAAGAAUGGUAAGAUUUCUGUUCAAAUCAAAGGUAUUGAGGGUAACGUUGAGUUGGAUUCUGAGCUUAUCAGCAUCGAUAAGGUGACAAGAACUGAACACAUAAGGGAGUAUAUUCCAAAUGUCAUCGAACCUUCAUUCGGUAUUGGUCGUAUACUUUACUCCAUUUUUGAGCAUCAAUUUUGGGCAAGAGGUGACGAUGCUGAAAGAGGUGUUUUGUCUCUUCCACCAAUUGUUGCGCCAACUAAGGUGUUGUUAGUGCCAUUGUCCAACAGUGCAGAACUUCAACCAAUUGUAAAAAGUGUGUCAAAUGUAUUGAGGAAGGAAAAAAUUCCAUUCAAGGUUGAUGACUCUUCUGCCUCUAUUGGUAAGAGAUAUGCUAGAAACGAUGAGUUGGGCACUCCUUUUGGUAUCACCAUUGACUUUGAAUCAGUAAAGGACGAAUCAGUCACUUUGAGAGAAAGAGACUCAACGAAACAAGUCAGAGGUUCGAUUAAGGAUGUAAUCGAUGCCAUCAAGGAAAUCACCUACUCUGAAGUCUCAUGGGAUGAAGGAACUUCUAAACUUGAAGCUUUUGAAUCAUGA